CUUCCUUAUUGUCAGAUGAAAGUCCAUCACUGUUUCCUAUCUAAAUUAAUAAUUUUCUGUAAUGUUGUUCGUGGACAGUGGCCUUGGUAGGAAAACCCGAUACAGAACGGAGGAGUGGAGUGUACUUAAUUAAUAAAUCAAUCGAUUCAUUUUAAAAAGAGAUCUCGGACGUUGACCGAUGCUUUGAUGGAGCCAAUAACAACGGUGUACCAUUCGGUUAUGGGGUUGGUGUAAUAUCAUAAUUGGUCACGCGUGUUAUGCACUCGUCAAAUUGCAUUGCUAUCCCGGUUUUGAUAACUGUAACCUUGGAUAUAUUCACUAUUACGAGUCUACGUCAAAGGUGACAACGGGCCAAGAGUAUUCGGUUUUAUUUGACUUGUAGCAACUGCGCAAGGGGGGGCGCAAGGUGUCAGUGACAAGGUGUAGCUAACCUUAAAAUGCGAGCAUCCGUGAUUACUAAUGUGAUUGUACUGUUCGGGCUGCACUUCUUGUAUUGGUGUUGCAACACGGUAGAUGCCAGUGGCGGGGCUCUCGAUGCGAGCCCGAAUUUUCAAUCCGGCUCCACUGGAAGCUCACAUUCCAAAGUCACAGCUUUCUCCGCCACACUUACAGAUGGUUUAGCACAAGCCGUGGCUCACGAAGCUGGUUUAGAAGCUAUCAAAUCACUCCACAGUCAACUAGAUGAUGAUGCCAAUGGAAAUGUGGACCUCUCAGAGUCAGAUGACUUUCUUCGAGAAGAGUUGCAGUAUGAAGCUGGAUAUGAGAGGAGGCAGAGGGCUUUCCAUCAUAAUGAUGAUAUGCACAUUAGUGUUCGAGAACUCUGGGAAGCCUGGUUAAGAUCAGAAGUUCACAAUUGGACCAUAGAACAAACAUCAGAAUGGUUGUCUUCUAAUGUAGAGCUUCCACAAUAUGUUCCUACUUUUAUACAACAUCGUGUAACUGGUGCUACACUUCCAAGAUUGGCUGUGAAUAAUAUGCACUAUCUGAGUAAUGUGUUGGGAAUUAAGGAUCCCAUCCAUAAACAAAAAAUUGCCUUAAAAGCUAUGGAUGUAGUUCUUUUUGGACCACCAAAGGAUACUGGACAUAGUGUGAAGGAUUUAAUAUUAAUUACAUUAUUAUUUGGAGCUCUUAUUGGAUGCUGGUAUGCAUAUCAGCAAAAGAAAAAUUCACAGAAGCAUCUUCAUAGAAUGAUGAAGGAUAUGGAGAGUUUACAUAAAGCAGAAUUGGCACUGGAAGACUUGCAAAAAGAAUUAGAGCGGGCACGAAUGGAACAAGAAAGUGUAACUACAGAGAAACAAAACCUAGAGAAACGUUUACAAGAUGAAAGUGUAGGAUUGCAUGCUUCUUACUCAGAUCUGGAAGUUUCUCAAUUAAAAGCAGAAAUAGAAAUGUUAAAAGUUGAAUUGCAACGCGCAGAGGGUGAAUUAGAAGAUAGAUGCUGGUCUCCACCACCUGGGUUGCAACACUGGCUACAAUUAACUCACGAAAUUGAAAAUAAAGCGUAUACUAAGAAAAAGAUAGCUGCAGAAAAACAAUUGCAACAAGCACGAGAAGCAUGUGAAAAGUUACGAAAAAAACGAUCAAGUUUAGUGGGUGCAUUUGUUUCAACUCAUGGAAAAUCAAUCGAUGAAGUCGACAAGAGCAUAGUCGAGGCAAGAACUGCACUAAAUGAAGUCACCGCAGAAUUACAAGAGAGAGUACAUCGUUGGAAGCAAAUUGAACUUCUGUGUGGCUUCAAUAUAAUUAAUAAUAAUGGUUUAACAUAUUUAGAAACUGUUCUCUAUAGAGGGACACCAAACGGACGAGGUCUUGGGCUCAGAGGUCGACUUAGUAGUCAAGAUGACUUAGACGAUGAAGCAAGCUCAGUGUACUCACCUUCAUCAUGUGGUGCCGCAGGUACAUUGGACAGCCUAGCGUGGAAGGAAUCUUCGAUUCCUCCAGACUCAUCCAGUAGUGACACCGGAAAAGAAACACCUCCAGAGAGUAACGUGGUUCACUUUACGGUCGGCGAUGGACCAGAUGAGCCGGUCAGGGCAUCCAGUAAGGAGAAAUCAACUAUCGUACGUUCCUACAGCCAGGACACGAAUAUGCUCCUCGGAAUCGAGGACAAGACUACCUCAUCAUUCCUGUCGAAGACAUCUUAUUCAGAGAAUUCGUUAGAUUCGUCGAACCAAGAUCGAGCAGCACAGCAAAAGGUUGGUGCAACGUCUGUUACGACUACAAGCACCACCAGCAUUAACUCCUCGACAUCUACGAGUACAUCAAGUAGCCAUAGGAAGGCGUUAAAGGAGCCACAGCCAUCAACGGUAGAUGACGAGACAUUGUCGACAGACUCAAACUCCACUACAGAUAACGACGAGUUGAAAAGACGUCGCCGGAAGAUCCUGUUCCCCGCGUUCAGGAAGAACAAGACCAAGGUCACGUGAUGAAGCCCGCUAGUCAACAUAGCAUACAGUAUAUCUGUGUUGUAACGUUCUUACUUAACGCUAAUUCUCCUGCGAUCGAUUAGUUAUGGUUAUCAACCGCGACGUGCACUUAAAAAUGAAAACAACUUGUCUCCAAGAACCGGUUGAUCACUAUUUAGCGAUUAGAUACUGCCGGUACAUGUACAUAUACGUACACGCAUAUACACAGAUAUAUAUACAUGUAUACACAAUUAGGGAGACAGGUAUAACUGAGUAGAACAUCGAGGAAUUCUUCAUUGGCCCUUUGGUCUGAAUUACAUUAGACAUUGGCAUUCAUUUGGCUUAUUUAUACUUGAUGCUACUAGAAUCGGUUGAGAGGGCUUCAAAAUAUUUAUUGAGUAUUGUAGUAUUACAGAAAGUACCUGGAAAAAAAAAAUUGAUGAAAAUUAGGAGAUGUCUUGAUGGAUUGGGAUGGUAUUCAUUUUGGAGUAAAUUCUGCAAAACUCAAUAGUAGCUUAGUAGGAAAUAUUCCUGAUUUUUUGGUCAUUGCAU